CCUCAUCACACCCUUUCCUCGCACGCUCACAUUCACCACCUCUCUUCUAUUCUUGUUUCAUGGCUUCUUCUGAAACAAGAAUGAAAAAGGGAAGAGCUAAAGAAGCAGCCAUAGCAAACGGAGUGAAGGUGAGGUCACUUCAAGCUGGUUUUAUGCAGAAGUCAAGCCCAUCCUCAACUCACAGUAUCAGAAUCCCUUCUUCUUCCUCAGCUUCUCGUCCUCUCCCCAACCUCUCUGCUCAUGACUAUCCUGUUUUCACUCCUAGCUAUGAGGAUGAGCCUGCCUCUACAUAUUAUCACAAGAAUCUCACUCUAUCUGAGCAUUGGGAUGAAUCAGAUGUUGGUUUAGUGGAAGGAGAUGAAGAUCUUGACUUGAGACACACUUAUCACUCUGAUUCCUACAAAACCUCUGCUUCAAGAAACACUUCAAACCCUCAGCAAGAUUCUCAUCACCACCAUCAGUCUCAUGUUUUGUCAUACGCUCUCAGAUCCCCACCUUUACAUUCUUGUACAUCCGCUACAAGCAACUGUGGCUCGGUCUCUUCUUGUAAUGAGUACAAACAAAGAGGCUUCGACACCAUGAGCUUGAAUAACUCUAAUCUUGUUGUUCCCUUGACUGAUUCGCACUCCGUUGCUGUUUCUUCUCACCCAAGAAACCGUGGAGGCAGAGGGAUGUCUUGGUUGUUCCCCAAGUUAAAGAGGAACCCUAAUAGAACAGACAUAUCAGAAGAGGUGUUCAAGGACUCUGGUUCGGAUAUUGAGAAGUUGAAGAGAGAGUUAAUGGAAGCAAACAGAAGCAGAGACGCUGCGUUAACACAAGUCUCAGAGAUGAGAACUUCAUUGGGAGAGUUCAGCGAGAAGCUUCAGUACUUGGAAAGUUACUGUGACGGUUUAAAGAAAGCUCUGAGAGAAGCAGUGUCACGAAAGAAGAACUCAGAGAUGCCAGUGAGUGAAGAUGUGAUGGUUGAAGGGUUCUUGCAGAUCGUCUCAGAAUCAAGACUCUCCAUAAAGCAGUUCUUGAAGACAUUAGUUACAGAGAUAGACGAAGAAGACUCGAAUCUGAUUAGUAACAUCAACGCUCUCCUUCAACCACACAACUUAUCAUUCACCUCUAAGCACUCCAAGACCAUUCAGUACCACUUAGAAGCCAUCAUAAGCCAAUCUGUACAGCAAGACUUCGAGAACUGCGUCUUCCAGAAGAACGGUAAACCGAAACUUCUUGAUCAAGAACAAGAACGACAAGCUAACUUCUCGUCUUUUGCUUCCUUGAGGAACUUGAGCUGGAGCGAGGUGCUGAAGAAGGGUACAAAGUACUACAGCGAAGAGUUCAGUAGCUUCUGCGAUGAGAAGAUGAGUUUUAUCAUUACAACGUUGAAGUGGACAAGACCCUGGUCUGAACAAAUGCUUCAAGCGUUCUUUGUAGCUGCGAAAUGUGUGUGGCUGCUUCAUCUGCUUGCCUUCUCGUUCAAGCCAGCGUUAGGGAUCUUGAGAGUUGAGGAGAACAGAGAGUUUGAGACGAGUUAUAUGGAAGAUAUGGGUGCCGAUAGAGACCGGCAGAGAUCGUUAACGUCACGUGGACCAGCAUGGGUUAAGGUUAUGGUGAUGCCUGGGUUUUAUGUUCAAGAUAGGGUUUUGAGAUGUAAGGUUCUUUGCAGGUACAAGUCAUUAGGCUGAAGAUUGCCACUCUCUAGUCUAGUCUAAUAAUUUGUGUAACUUUAAUAUCUGAUAACUAGAUUGUUAGCAAGGCCUAUCAUCUUCAUUUGAAUGAAAAAAGAUUGAUCGGAGGACUUUUUAAUAUA